GCGACAUGCUCAUUCGCAUAAAAAAUCUUCUUCGGUCAUCUCUGGAAAGCGGACUUUAAUCAUGAGCUAUUUAGAUCUGCUUACUCUCUUUUCUUCUCUGUAUCUAAAACUCUAUCCAUGGCAUUCAUUUUCCACUCAUCUAACAAUCCUGUCGAUUCGGUGCCGUAACAGGAGCCCAAAAAGGCUAUAGACCCAUCAGUCAACUGCUAUUCGCGGACGAGAGUUAUGGUUAUUUCAAUGAGGGGUCCUCUGAGUGCAUGUCAUUUUCCCACUUUCUCUCUCCAUCUGACCAGCAACAAUCCAUCGUACUAAUGCAACGCACAACGUGUACCGAUAUUCGAAUCAGAUCUCCUGCGGAUGCUCGUGUCAUCUUUCAUGCCGUUCUGCUCAACUUGCUGCCAAUGGUCACUAGGCGUCUUGACGCUGAGGAGCGAGCGUUGAUUUCCCCUGGAUCAGUUUAUGUGUGGGAGGAACGGGGUCCUCAUGGUGAUCUUACGGGAGUUGGCAUUGAGCGGUGGACAGACGGUAUUCGGUGGGGUCCAUCUAGGGUUAGAGAGGGAUUUCUAUUCUAUCACGAGAAACAAGACCAUCACUUCCUCUACUCAGACGAAGCAGGACUGUUGAACAAACCUUCGUCUUCGAACAGCUCGUCUCGCACAAUCUUGAUCAAACAGACGUACACCGUCUUUGUGGAGACCUCUAGGGGACAGCGCAAGUGGCAUCUAAUCGCAUACUUUAAUGAAGAAUCGCUUCCGCACUUACGGACGGUCGAUGAUGUGCCCCACCUCGCUUCACUCCCUGUCCCACAUGGAAAAUACAAAAGUGCUCGUUCAACAAAAGGGAGACCAGACCACAUAUUCAAUCCAGACCAGGACUCUGACUUUCCAAGGAUUGAAUACAUUCCUUACAAACCAAAAAGUCCACCCUCGGUCUCCGAUUGCUCUUCACAAUCGUCAUCUUCAGAUCGUUCUUCAAUAACGGCAACCACACUGAGGAAGUGGAUGAACACCGACAGCUCGUCCCAUCAAUAUAUGACCUCCGGCAGUGUACAGGCUCGAAAGCGGCCCCCCGCUCUAGGGCAGAUUACUCCAGAGAAUUUAGCGCCACUGGCAUACCUUCAAUCUAUGCCACCCCAUCGACGACAUCCAGAAGACGAAAAAACGCUGAUGCUGUUCGCCUCGCGACCGCUGUAGAGAGAGAUGCUCGGUAACGUCCACGCGGUUGUCCCCUGGUAUACAGGUGAGCUUUCAC